AUAACGACAGCCCGAAACGUCACUCUCCCCGCAUGAAAAAUUCGACAUCGACCCCCUUCCUCCGGGAAAAUGUCUUCUUAUUUCACGAACCAUUUUACCGAACCGCAAUACUCCCAUAACUCGUCGAGGCCGUAUCUAUGGGAGUUCCAUUUUCUGCCAGGUUCGUAACGGGGCUAGAGGGUAAUCGGGAGCAUUCCAAUUUGUCUCAUUGUCGGUUAUUCGGCCCCGAUAUCUCGCCGCUGCCUACGAAGAUCAUCCCUUGCCCCGCUAUCGGACGCGCUUCUCACGCCCCGCUUUUCCAGUGUCACUCUCACUCUUUCUACGCUUCUCAGCCUCCGUCUCUUUUCUUCGUUCUCUGCUCAACAAGCGUCAAAGUCGUUCCCAGAUUAUGCUCCUUGUGAAUUUUAUAAUUAUCGAUCUAAUCGACUGAAAUCGUUCCGUAACCUUUGCGCAGACGUUCGGUAGUCGGUUAUAUUUUUUGCACUUCCCAUACGUGCUUUUCGCUGAAACGUUGAGAAAUUCCGUGUCCCGUGACGAAUCCUUUGACGUAAAACGAAUCGUCGCUUGCGUUACAUUGAAAAUUUUAUCUUACCCUAUCGGAGAUUACAAUCUAUAUCGGAUACACGCACGAGGUCUCUCGAAGACAGUCGUAGAGGGACUCGUUUUCUUUACAAAAAAAUCUAUCGUUUUUCGAGACACAUAUAAUUCGAACAUCCGCGCCAAGUUUUCCCGGAAGUUCCCGAUUACAUUUUACUCGAGAACCGCAGAUUAUAUUUCACAAUCAGGCGGGACGUUACACGGAAAGUACCCCGCGGUAUCCACAAAUAUUCCCUUUGAUAAUUCUAUAAAAUUCUCCUACUGCGUGAAAAUUCAUUUUCAAGUCUAAAGAAUGCGAGUGAAGUCGGAACGGAACGGAAAGAGUUACGGAAACCGGAAAGUUUGCCGCCAAAGUUUUACCAAGUUGCAAAAACUUGAAAAACAAUCGUCGAACAAACAACCGGCGAAUUGUGUGGCAACUUUGGCUAGAAACUGUUGACAAAUAAAUGAUCUAAAACGAUCGGUCAGCACGCGGCCAACAUGCCGAUCAAUUCCGGCACAACGUCUACGGAGUGCAAACUGGGAAAAAACCGAGUCAAGUCUCACCACGGCGCAAACGAUCAAAUAAAAUUCAGAUGCGGCACUCCGUCGACUCAAGCGAAGGUUAUGCUGGCGAGAGGAUGGGUUCAGGUACGGCGAUCGAAUUUUAGCGUCAAUUAAAUGCCUAACAUUGAUAUUUUAUCGACGAACGGACAACGAAGCGGCAUUCAGCUGGGUGCGUUUAUUUGUAACCGGCAUCGAGAACAAUUCAUCGAUUUUGCCCGCGGUGGUAAAUGUAUUUGUAGGUCGACGAAGACGACGAAACAGCGAAUGAUUGGGACUUGUGGUGGUGCGAAACGAGUCAAGUUCGAUCAGCGCUGGACAGCGUCAAACUCGGAGGGUCCCAAAAGAUUCCGCAUUUCCGUAACCACUACGAAUUAACGCGUAAGAAUUACCUCUACAGAAAUUUGAAACGACGAAAGAAGAUCCUGGUGAAAGAGGGCAGAGCCGCGGAAGCCAAAAUGUGCGACUGUAUGCCCGUUACGUUCGAGUUGCCCAACGAAUAUCACAUGCUCGUCGAGGAAUAUCACCGACACGGAGGAACCUGGAUAGUAAAGCCCGUGGCGGGUUCGCAGGGAAGGGGAAUCUUCCUCUUCCAGAAACUGAAGGACCUCGUCGACUGGAAACACAAGGAAUCCAACGACGCCGUCAAGGAGGACGGUAGCAGCCGAGAGACCUUCGUCGUUCAAAAGUACGUCGACGAUCCAUACCUGCUGGGCGGACGAAAGUUCGAUCUCCGUAUUUAUGUCCUGGUUACCUCGUUUCGUCCGUUGAAAGUAUGGCUGGCACGAGGAGGAUUCGCACGGUUGUCCGGUGAACUUUUCUCCCUGGACAAAAUCAACGACAGCCGAGUUCAUCUCACCAAUAUGUCGAUUCAACUGAAAGCGGAGCCCGUCAGCGGGUCGGAGAAGUCGAACGAAUCGACGGCGAAACGAGGGUGCAAAUGGGCACUGACCAAGGUCCGCGAGUUCCUCACAGCCAGACACGGAGUAGAAGCGACGGAGGAACUGCUGCGUCGGAUCGCCGGUAAUAACGGAUUUCAAAGGAGGGGGAAACGAGCGGCGCGUCGAAGGGACACAUCCCCUUGUUUCGAAACCGUCGCCUAAAGAAAGAUUUCAUUGCAGGUGUGAUAAUGGCGAGCUUGCUGGCCGUUCGAACGAUAAUCAUGCAAGGAAGUAAUUCUUUCGAACUGUACGGUUACGACGUAUUGUUGGACGAACACCUGACCCCUUGGCUGCUGGAAG